CGAAGAAAAAAAAACUGAUCAGAGAGGAGAAGAGGAAUAACGAGGAGAGGAGUAGUAAAGUCAAAAAGUAAGGCCCAGAGAAGUGUAUGUACGAGCAGUAGUAAGAGGACCAUCAUCACAUCAGUUCGUGAGGACGACAGGCAGGGGAGAGAGAGAUGAUGAUAAUUUUAAUCAGUAAUUAUUGACAGGGGGACUCCUAUUACUAUUAUUAUUUGUGUGCUAACCCUUUCCAUUAUUUUAUGUUCCAUUCUUUCAUUCAAACUGCAAUACAUGCCCACCCAUCCACACCCGCACAUGACUCGGUGAAAGUUCGACUUUAAUGUUUUGAUACAUUACAUCACAUCAUAUUGUACAUUACCAGUAAGUAACAAUGCCAUAUAAAAAAGUUAUUGUUGAUUUUUAAUAAUCGUUCGUUUUUGAAGACUGAUCACCAGAGUGAUUGCAAGAAAUAAAAAACAAAGUGAAGAAAAGGUCAACGGUGGGUGGUUGGUUUCAUUCAACUACGACAAAUACGACAACAACAUAGCAAAACACGAUUGAUACAUCUCUCACCUGUUCUACUAUUUUUGUUCUCUAACAUUUUUUGUGCAAAUUGAAAAAUAAGUUUGUAUUGUUGUCUUGUGGAAAAAGUGAGUUGCUGGACUGCCAAAGCAGCAGGCUUGUAUUGGCUCAAUGCCUCUGUCGCGUUUUCUCGUUAUCGACAUACUCACAGCAGCGAUCAACUAUGCUGAGAGGCUCUUCUCGUCAUGAUGGCAUUCCUAACAAGCAAUCCGCCAAAGAUCCAGAUAGGGACAGGCAAAGGGAGCAACAGCGAAAGGAGAGAGCACAAAUGCUUCCAGAUGAUAAAGAAAUUCAUGCCGGAACUCAUGAUUUGUUCAAUGCACCCGUUAAAGUUAAACCAUCUAUUGAAGACACAACAAGCCUCCAAAUUCGAAACAGUUUGGGAAAUUUUGAGCCGAUUCGGCGUUUGAUGGAAUAUCCUGGAACCUCUCAACCACCACAAGCACAAAUACAACAAACAUUUUUAACUGGCCCUGCUGCUGCUGCUGCGGCGGCGGAUCGAGGAUAUCAUUCUGUAACGUCAGCAAGUAGUGCGCUAGCACCGCAUCGUAAUACUAAUCAUAAUAUUCACGACCCUCCAGCACCACUUCCACCAUCAUAUCGUCCCCCUCCAUCUUCGUCGUCACUAAAUUCAUUCCCUCCGACUAUACCCCCCGAGUCGAACAGUACCAAAAGUCAUUAUCAACAACGCAAUCUCUAUCACGUUAACCAUCAUCCGAGCAGUGGUGUGGUUAGCAAUAAUAUCAAUUCUAAUAGCAGUAAUACUUCAUCAGCAUUUUCAUCCUCCUCUUCUUCCAACACUGGCUCCACCAGCGGUAGCCUGUUAUCAACAAACAGUAACUUCCGUGCGUCUAAUAAUCACCAUCAACUAAUUCCUCCAAUCUCCAAAGUGCCACAACAAAAUCAACCCCCGUCGUUGUUAUCUACUUUGAAUGCAACAACGGUUUUUAAUUCAAACUCAAGUAACAAUCCUCCAGCUUUGACAACAACCGUGCCCUCCAUUUCCCUCAACAACUCCGGACCAAUACUCAAUAGAAGUCCAAAUUUUAACAGUAACAAUAAUCAACAAGUGAAACCAAAAUACACAACACAUCCUGCAUCAUUCGGUGUAAAUUUUAACGACACGCAACAAACUAUUAGUGGCGUUGAGGUGAAAGUGGAUGGUGCAAGUGUCCAGACCACUACUGAAAGUUCAGUAUUUAAUAACAAUGAACGGUUUUCCAAUCGCAGUAAUAAUAGUAUUCGAGAUCCCAAGUGUAAUAAAACUGUGGUUCCACAUAACAAACCCGCACCUGAGCGAGCGGAUAGUCAGCUUACACUAGAGAGUAUUUUGAAGGAAAUGACAGAUGUCAUCCCUCCAUUGACUGCUAUACUUACGCCUGUUAAAGAUAACAGCAAAAGAUUACCUCCACGGAGGUCGUCCAAAAGCGAGGAGAAAAUAGUACAAUCAAUUAUCGAUAGCGGCAUGGCCAAGAUCCCUUCGCCAGUCCCCAGAAUGGAGUCUAGCGCCGAAAGUAGCUCAAGCGAGUCCGACUCUGACUCCGACUCUGAAGAUUCUGCAAGCAGUGGAAGCCGUAUGGAUGAUGAUAAAGCCGACACCCUGGGUUCAUCGUCUAAUCCAAAUACGGGCUCUCCCACUACAAAGUGGAAUCUAUCCUCAUUUCUGAAGAAUGAAAAUAUUGUCGCUAAACCGGUUACAAAGUCCCCUAAGGACAAUAUCAAGUCCAACUCUUUCAGUUCUUUGGAUAGUUCCGAUCCUAUGGUCGACGAAUUCGGCAUGCUUAUCACUGAUAGAACUGAUAGUGUGACUUCCACUGUGUCCAAUAAGAAUCAACCCCCUCCUAGCCCGGUAGAAAUUGCACCAACGUCUGUUGCUCUUGAAACCCGUGCUAAAUUAGCAGCUCGAACUACUAGAGGAUCUUCAAACUCGCGACCAGAACCCCACAUUCCAGUAAAGCCAACUCCACCCACCAUUCCCGUGAAAGUUGCUUCGGCGCAAUCCAAAGACAAAGUAUCGUCUUUAAGUGCUAGUAGCAGUGAAGAUGAAGCCGAGCCAAUUGUGAAACCUAAUAAGCGUAAAUCUGGUGCAAAGGCGACCUCGCAGUCAGAGGAUAAAAAAGCGUCAACUAGCGGUGCUACUACAGCUAAACGUCCUCGUCCCUCAGUUCCUCCUCCAGCAGCAACUCCCAUCACCACCACCACCACGACGGCACGACAUGCUGCUGUCACCAAGAGUGGCGGUGAGAGUUCUCCUGAAAACAAAUUGGCCAAAGGUAGUAAAAAUGGGCAAGAUAAAAACAAAACAGACACUAUCCGAAAACUCUUCCGUUUUGGGAACAAGCCCAAUGCUAAAGUGCAAAGCCCCUCCUUCGUCGAAACUGGUGACUCGGGUGGUGGUAAGAUUGUCCCCGCUACAGCUCCUUCUGCUACUACCGGAAAAUCAGGGUCCAACCGUGUGUCUGGAAAAGGUGGGAAGACUUCUUCCUCCACAUCUGCUCCUCACAAUGGUGACAUUGUUUCCUUUAGUGAUAAUAAGAAAAAAGAAGGAUCCAAAGAAAAAUCUUCCCAAAGUAAAAAACACCCAAAGCAAUCUACUGCAAAAUCUUCUGCUGCUUCUGCUGCUAAAUCCAAUUCACCUAACCAGGACCUUAGUGGAAGAUUAAAGGAUGACGGAAAGUCGGGUUCUUCAAGCAAUUCGUCGUCACUAAUAGUCCGGAUACCUCUUCAAUUUGUCACCUUAAUGAGGAGGAAAAAACAGCUAGAGCAGCAACAACAACAACAACAACAGCAGCAGCAGCCAGCAGCUGUCAAUCCAUUUCCGGCCCAACCUUCAAUUGUUUCUCCAUCAUUACAAAAAAUGGAAAAGGAACUUGAAAAAAUCAGUAAGGUCGCAAAAUCGGUGGCAGCUAGCACUGUAACCUCAGAGCCGCCCCAUCGAGUACCCAAAGUUCCCCAAAAUUCUAGUCGCGUUGGCAGCUCGAGUGACCCAACUAUUGUUCAACCUUCUCUAAAGUACGAAUCUGGGAUAUCCCACACCCGUGACGAUCCAUUGUGUUCACGAGCAGAGCGUCUUUCACCAGUCCGUUCGAAGAAGCGACCCAAGAAGAAAUCAAGGGCAUCGCCCAAGAAAGCGAAACCCAAGAGGGAACCUCCCGAUUCUAGAACAAAGUUGGAAGGUUAUACUACUGAUGCUGAAGUUUCUUCCGCAAAUGUAGUUGGUUACCCUCCCUGUGAUUCAAUAACAAGAACCCCCCCGAUUGACCCUGAUGUGGUCCAAGCGCCAGAUUCAUCACUAAAUCCUUCUCAUUUGCCGACUAUCCCACCUCAGGUCCAGUAUUUCAGCUACUUUGAAAAAAAUGACAUCAAAGAUGAUCUGUUUUCAAGAGAUCAAGAUUCAUACUUGGAAGAAGCCAAAAAGUUGAAACAUUCAGCGGAUCAAGAACGCACGAGUACAGCUCAGGCGUCAAUCAUCGAAAACAUGGAAAUGUACUUAGAAGCGGGAUUAUAUUUUAUUUUAACUGGAAUAAUCAUGGAGCGAGACGCAGCCGGAAAUAGCAAUGCGUCAUAUACAAUGUACCGAGAUACUUUAACAUUGAUCCAAUACAUUGGAACACGGUGGCGCAGCGCUAGAUUAUCCGGACCUGGCGAGCUACAGAAUCAAGAAGCAAAAAUCAUUACUCUUAGUAUGCGGUGCCAAGCUUUACUAUUUUGCAAGCUGUUCAAAAUGAAGAUGAAGGAAACUCGCGACAUGGUUUCCAACAUGCAUGACUACUUUACGAAGGCUGUUGUACGGGAACCAAUGAUCGUGACCAACAGUCCACAGUUAAGCACCCCAUCCCCUCAUUCUCCGACAUCCUCACCUGCAGGGUCGUCAGGAGUAUUGCAACACACGCCAUCCCCGCACCACCAGCAGAACCAUAUGCUUCCUAUCCCAAGAAACUUAUACAACCAUAUUCAAAAACAGUGUGGAAACACGUACAAUUGUAUUAUGGCGCAUGAUACAUGGGAACAAGCUGAUGCAUAUGUAUCUAGAUAUCGAUUAGAAGAUUUUUUCAUUGGAGUUGAUCGUCAAGUCGGCCCCUUAACGCUACACAGUACCCUAGUAGAUCUCGUGAGAUACGUUCGACACGGGCUACAAGUAAUUAAUGGAUCGUAGCAUUGGGUUUCUAUCCUAGUGAGGUCUAAACGGAAACAACUUUCCCCAAAUAAAAAGAAGAAACCGAAGAAACCGAAGGAGAAAAACAAAGCAAAAAAAUCGACGAAAAAGACGACGACGACGACGACGACAAAAAAGAAGAAAAAUUAAGAUUUAAUUAAAAAGUAAACAUCUAGAUAUAGACUCCAGUCUCAUUAAUUAAGUACACGAAAAACCACAUCUCCUACGAAUGGUUGCCAAUUCUCGUUAGUUUUAGUUGCACGGCUGUCCAGGAAGUGAAGUUAUUAUCAAUCUAUUUGAGGUACGAGCAGACAGCAGAGGUCUGAAAUUUUAUUAGAAUAGAUAGAGUUGACAUUACUUUUGGCCAUGUUGCAAAAAAUCCAUAAAAUCGCUAGUUUCGACAAAACAGGAUUUAGUGAAAGUCAAGCGCGUUAUUCAUUAUUAUAAAUACGUGCGGAUGAAGAGAAGAGUUUUAUACUAGCACAAAAGUUCAAGAUUACUAUAAUCCCCUGUCCAACUGUAAAAAUAUCUCACAAGGAACGAAAUUCAGGGAACUCAAUGUUCACAAGACACCAAUAGUUCUCAAAUUUCUAUCCGUUCUGUUUGCAUUGAAAUCCAGUCAUCGAAUUUGUUUAGGUUUUGUGCAAGAGCAGGAAUAUAUGCUACAGCGACAACGCCAACUAAGCCAAAAAGUAUCCAAGGGUUUCGACAUUUACGGUCAAACUCAUGAGUGGAGUUGGGAAAAACUCAUGGAAAGCAAUAAUGAAGAAAACAAACUGGAAUCUCAUAUCAAUUGGCUAAAAACGGGGGAUUGUGGAGGAGCUAAGAGUGUAACUUCUUCUGUUAAACUGUUCAUGGUUCAAGCAAGCAAUGGUAGCCUUACUUCCUGGACAGCCAUUAGUGACAUAUAAAAUAUCUAGCUAGAUCGUCUUACAAUGAUUUGAGACUGAGCAAAAUGUGUCGUGUAAGAAGAACGCAAGUAGACAUCAUCGCAGUAUUCAGUAAUCAAAACAGGAGCUGGGAAAAGAACCACCAGAAGUGUGAGAAUUGGUUCAUAUAUAAAUAGGUAUAUAUGUUCAAGUGCUCUAUUUGUAUCGCUUCUUAAGUAAUUCAUGGUACUUAUUUAAAUUGUAACAUUGCAUACCAACAAAACACUUCCAGCUUUCACAGAUCAUAAUCAGUCUCUUUAAUAAGUAAUUAUAGUUAGUUUUCUCAAAGUUUUAACAGUGUAUACAAAAAAACUGUUUCUCGUGUAGUUAAUGCAGCAAUUUUAAGGUUAUAUUAUCUUUCUACGAACACCUCGGUUUCUUUGGUUAGUUAUUUUUGUUGAUCGCCGGUUACUGAUAUAAGAAAAAUCUUCCUCUUAGAUGUGUUUGUAACAUCAAAGACAUUGUUAUACUCGUCAACGAAAGAAUUAAAUUUUGAAUUUGAAUUUGAAUUUAUCGUAAACUGAAUGCGUGGUGUUGACAUUGCUUUAUGUGUCGCCUUAAUUGUUUGGAUUAUCCUCAUCAUUCAUCAAUCAAUCAUUGAUGAGCAAAUAUUUUUAUUUUUCCUCCUUCUUUUUUUCUUUCUGCAUGACAAGCUGCCUCCUCCCCCUUAAAAAUCAAUACUCCUCACGCAUGAUAUCCCAUUCUUCUUAAUGUAAUGUUUGGAUAUUGAGUGGAAUAUGCAUGGGUUUUGCUGCUGCAUCCACCAAAAAAAUAAUCAUCGAGUGGCUUUCUUUAAAAAUAAUUGCCAACAGAUUGUGAUCGUGUGUAAAGGAUCUCGAAUCGUAGAGCCGUUCGUUUUCCAAAAAAAAACUGGCAGUAACGGUCAAGAUCACUUUGUUUGUGUUAGAAAAAAAGUUUUUCGCUUACAUUUCAUCCUUCUGGUUGUGCUUUAAUGGUCAUAUUUGUUAAUGAUAACAUUACCGUAAUUAACUUAGGAUAACAAGAGUUAGAAAGUUAGAAUAUGAAACUAGUCUAAGCAAGCACACGCCAACAAAAAAAAAGAAAAUGAAUGGAUACUCGUUAUUUUGAUAAUCGUCUGCAAAAAAUACUUUAAUAAUCUAAUGCAAAAAAAUGGGUGGACACAUUAUUAUUAAGUAUCAAUGAUUGACAAGAUUAAUUUCGUUAUUUGCGUGCAGCUAGCCAAACUUUGAUAUGCUGUGAAACAUAGUUCUUAUAAGUACAUAGGUUCAUAACAAAUAGAUAAAUCUUGUGAUCGAGCACUCCUCAAGAGUUGUCAUGAUAUAUGGAUAUCUUUUAGGAUAAGGGAAAGUAGAGCAGAUUUUACUAUUUAUAAGAACGACGUGAUGAUGGUAUAUCAUGGGUGAUGAUUUUGAAUUGAUUCCAUAUGCAUGCAUACCAAUCACCACCAUGAUUAAACAGCGCACUGGAUUAGUACUUAUCGUAGUGUCCCUCAUUACAUUAGUUAAAUGUACGAUAAUCAUAAGUUCAAAUAAGCAAACAAGUCUCGAUCCCAAUUCAGAGUGCAUGUAAUAAGUAUCUCCAAGUGCUAAUUGUACAAUUACUCAUCGUCACUACGACCAUCACAUAUUUACAUAAGCUUACGAUUCUUAUCCGCGUCAACAGUAUAUUUAAAACCUACAGAGUAGAGUUCUUGUUUUGAAACGGUUACAAUAUUUUAUUAAGACAAUGACACAAUAGGCUACAUACAUUACGUGGAACGGAUGUGUACUCUUGCGUAUUUGCGUACAUACAUAUAUUUAAUAGCGUAUGGUUAUUUGUAUUCAAUUGGUUUACUACCUUUCGGAGAAAAGGAGUGAAUAUUAAUAUUUGGAACAAUGGGACAAGGACAGGAAAGCAACAACUUGUGGUGAAUUGUUGAAUAUAUGACUCGGUGUUGUACAUAAAAAAAAACUUUAUUAAAUGGCAUACUAUGUAUCGUUAAGCUGCUACAUAUUAAUAUAUACUUUUAGUGAUACGAGCGGUUGUUAUAUGUUUCUUUAAUUACUUAACUCUGGCUUUAUGGGUAGGAAAUAAUAAUAGUCAUAUGGUAACAAUAUGUAUGUAUGUUGACUUGAUUGGCAGGAAUGGAAUAACCCUCCAGUUUUACAUACUUGCUUAUGAAUUAUUAUAUCGUUUGAGAAAAAGAAUGUUUAUUAAAGGAGACUGAAAGUUGUUACAAAUUC